UGGUCGACAGACAGAGUAUCCCGAGGAAAACCCUCCUACCUAACGAUCAGUCUGUGAUAGCAGUUCCCGGUCAGGCGGUAUUUCAAUCAGCUGGGCACUGGAACCUUCAGGAAACAAGUAUUUGUAAAAAGAGCUCCAGGACCAGGGUCGAGAUGGAUGUGUUCAUGAAAGGGUUGUCCAAAGCUAAAGACGGCAUGGCUAUCGCCGCCGAGAAGACUAAGGAGGGAGCCGCGCUGGCGGCGGAGAAGACCAAGGAAGGCGCCAUGUUUAUCGGCACCAAGGCCAAAGAUGGUGUUGGUUCAGCAAAGGACCUUGCUGGUGGAGCCAUGGGGAAUAUCGCUGCUGCCACCGGCCUGGGGAAGAAGGACGAGUUCCCAUCUGACAUGAACCCUGAGGAGUAUGGGCAGGAGGCCAUGGAAGGAGAGGCACAGAGAGAUCAUCUGGAAGGAGAGACAUAUGACGAGAACCAGCAGGAGCAGGCCCAGGACUACGAACAAGAAGCAUAAAAUCAUCAAUCCAAAUCUCCAUCCAACCAGCAGCACAAUACCGACAUUUAUUCAAAUAAAAAGGACAAAUGCUGAAACUACUACAACAAUACAAAUCUAAUCCUGUUGCAAAAAAAAGGACAAAAUCCUACAAACAAGAAUUCCACCUGAGAAAAAUGUUGUUCCUUCUUCAUAAAGAUGAAUCUUUUAUGAUAAUCGAUGCUAUAUUGUAAAUGUCAUGUUACUGCUGUAAUGUGUAGUUGUUUCUUGAAGUGUAGAAGCCGCCAGCUGUCUCGAGUCUCGUUUCAUUGAUUCCCUCCCAAUGGAACGAGACCCCGAAACCAGGCCUAUGGCUUGUGACCAUAGAAAUACAAUCCAUAGAACAGGCCUCCCCAUUCAAGAUUGGACUCUAUUUCUAUGCUUGUGACUGUGUGUUUCUGUAUUUAUAAAUGUGAGAUAAUAAAAGGUGUAUUUUUCUCAUCUUCCAACAACAACGUUGGGAGCAGAAGAAAACUAUAAAUCUGGUUGCAAACAGAUAUGACUACUACCAAUAAUAUUCUCUAAGUGUGUACAAUGCCUGUUUGUGGGUUCUCUUUUGAAUUUACUUUUGGAGCAAGUUUUUAUUUAUUUAAUGUUUUUCAAGUAAGAGUUUUAUACAUUGUCUCUUUAUAGUUGCUUGUGAAAUCAUUCCGGUGGAACUAUCUGUUAGAAAUGGACAAACUACAUGUUUGUGUGUUUGUGUGUUUGUGUGUACUGAAGAUUUUAACAAGUUAAAGUCAGUAUAUUACGUCUUGAAAUCAUAAUGGUUGUCAGAUCAAUAUGUGCUUUAAAGUGCAGGACUUGUCAAUAUAAAGGUUUAUGUGUCAAAGCAGACAAACUAACACACCUUCUGUAAAUAAAAAAGUGAGAAAAAAGAAA